UCCCAUGAAUUCAGAUGAAACACAAAUGGUGGGUUCCCUAAAACGAGAUUUGCUCUAGAGUUCAAAGUCUACCUCAAACGCUUUUCGACUAUCACGGGUUAGUUGUCCUUAAACAUUUGAAGUGAACGGAAUGAUUGGUGUGGUAAUGCGUUUUCUCUGGUCCUUGGCCAUGGUGCAGUGCAUCCAGGCUAGAGUGUCGAUGCUGCCUCGCUUUUACGGACAAGACAGUGCUAUUAUAGUAGACAUCAAUAGAAAAUUCCCACCUAGAAUGGACUCCAAACUGCAGAACGCCUUGUACUACAACCUGCCGGUCUACAAACUGAUUAAACCCACCGCAACAACUACGACGACCACGACGGCUGCUCCGACCUCUGGCUAUCCUGCUGAUCUCCUGGACCUUGCUCACAACAAGCUGGGCCUAAAGGAGCUGCCCAGUCUCGAGGAGCUGGGCGAGAUGAUUGGCACGGAUGGUGCCAGCGAGACCAUAGAUUACAUACGCACGCUAACUGGAACUGAAGAGGGUUUGGCCCUGAUGAAACAGUAUCUGGAUGCGCUGCACUUCGAGGAGGCGGAGGAGAAUGUGGCAGAGGAACAAGAGAAGGCUGAGGAUGACGACGACGAUGAUGACAACACCAUGGGCAAUGCCAGCUACGAUGAGAUGCCCCAGGAGAGAUCCACCACCACAGCAGAUCCCAGUCCCGAAUUGAGUUUAAUGCAGCGUUUCGGCGACUUUAUGAAGCAGUACAACCUGUGGUCUGGUCAGGUCAUCACGACCACCACUCCUGCUCCGUUCAUCGCGCCGCCAGUUGGCUCUUUCCAGCCGGUUUUCGUGCCACCCCCUCCAGCUGGCAUGAAACCCCUGCGUCCUAUCCUGGUAAGGCAACCUCUGCCGUAUCACUAUCCCAUUCCACUGCGCCCCGUGUCGUUGGCCACCACGAAGCCGAUCCAGGUGCCCACCACCACCAGCACGACGACGACCACCCCUGCUCCUGUGACCAAGCCACAUCUCAACACGCCCAAGCUGAUCAUGCAAGAGGAUGCGGAGGGCAAAUACUCAACCCUGCCUCCGCACAUCCAGCAGUUGGCCAAAAUGGCUAAUAUCUCGCCCCAAGUUGUGGAAAUCUUUCUGGAACGGCAGCCCAAGCUGGCCGAACUGGCCAAGCGCCUGAGCACCCUGGCCCUCAGUCCGGAGCAGACCCAGGCCAUGGGCAACCAGGUGCUCAGGGCCGUGCAGAACGCACUGCGCAACAACGAUGAUCUCCAGCGGCUGAUCGAGGCGUCCGAGGCACUUAAGUAGGCGGAAUGUGGGACUAGUCUUAAUACCAUUUCAAAUGAAAUACAUUUUCCAUAAACCAA